GAAUUUAUUAAAAGACGUGUUUACAUGUAUUAUUUAGGAAUGUUAUAUAUAUUAUACAUCAUAUUAGUUCAUUGUUUAUUCUUAUUCCAAAUAUUCUAUAUUAGUAAAAAGUGAUGAUUCUGUGUUAACACAUGGCUGCCGUACAUCGAGAAGCUAUCCAAAAACAAAUUCAACAGGAUUGGGCAAAUCGAGAAUAUAUCGAAGUUAUAACCGGUAGCAUCAAAAAGAUUACCGAUUUUCUCAAUUCCUUUGGUUACAAAGGGAGAAACAUUAACUUAAAUUAAUUAUCAAUAAAGUUUGUAAUUUAAUUUGUAAGAUUUUUAUAUUUAUUAGAAUUCUAUAUAAAUAAAUGUACAAUAAACAUAAUUAUAUGUUAUAUUUUUAUUAUUAAUGCUACAAUAUAUAUAUAUAUAUAU